AGAAACUCGGCGGCGAUUUACUUGGAAGCUAAGCGGCUAACUGUGUGUCAUGAUGGAGCCUGCGGGCGCUGAAACCAGGCAUUUAAACACACGGGCUCGACAUUAAUCGGUGGCGUUUUUAUAUUUUCGCGAAGACGAAUCCGUCCCGACGCGCGGCGGAUAAAAACUGAUCGUCACUGAGUGUGUUGGUGUGAAUAUAAUGGAAAUGGAAGUGGGUCGUCAGAUCCUUAGGAAGUUGCAGAGGAGGAAGAAGCCGGUGGUGACGUCGGCCCUGAUCCUGCCGGGGCUGGAGGUGCACUUCUACCUGCCGGACACGCAGCAGAUCAUCCACCUGAAAGGCCGUCACUCGGCCGAGCAGCUGUGCACCGAGGCUGCCAAGAAGCUGAAUCUGUCUCCAUUAUGCAGCAGCCUGUUUGCUCUGUAUGAUGAAACCAACAGGAUGUGGUUUCCCCCAAAUCAUGUGUUCCUCAUAGAUGAGACGACAAGGCUCAGGCUGCACUAUCGCAUGAGGUUUUACUUCACUAACUGGCACGGGACGAAUAAAGAAACCCUGGCCGUGGUGCGGCACAGUCUUAAAUCGUCCGGAAACCAGGGCACGGCCCUCCUGGACUCGCCGUCACUGAGCUACCUGUACGCACAGAGUCAGUAUGAUUUUCAGACCGGCUCUGCGGCGCUACGCAGCUUUCAGAGCGAGGAAGAGGCCCAGCACAUCGAGAACGAGUGUUUGGGGAUGGCGGUGAUGGCCAUUUCCCAUGAUGCCAUGGGCAAAAACCUGCCCGCACGGGAACUAGCAAAGAGAUUCAAGUACAAGAACUACAUCCCCGUCAGUCUGAACCAGUCGAUCUCUCAGAGGAACCUGCUGACCCGCCUGCGCAUCUCCAACGUUUUCAAGGCGUUCCUCGAGGAGUUCAACGACAACACGGUGCUCAACAGCAGCGUCAGCAAGCACGACCUAAAGGUCAAGUACGUUUCCACACUCGAGACUCUGACCAGACACUUCGGCUGUGAGGUGUACCAGCCUUUGUCCGUCAGGAUCCACGAGAACGACGAGGUUCCCACGGGUUUCACGGGCAGCACCGGAGCCGGCCGCAGAGUCAUUGUAUCCGGGACCGGCGGCAUCAAGUGGCAGGUCAUUUCUCCCGAGAUUCCCCCGACUCUACAGAGGAAGAAGUCAAAGAGGAACAAAAGACAGCAUGGUCAGCCGGGCAACACGACGAGAGGCGAGGACUGGACGAUGUUCUCAGACUUCCACGAGAUCACGCACAUCGUCAUCAAGGAGGCGGCGGUCACGGUGUACAGGCAGGAUGACGGGAGGAUGGAAGUGUGCUUCUCCGGCCGCGAGGAGGCCCUGGCCUUCGCCAGUCUGAUAGACAGCUACUUCAGACUGACUGUAGACGCGCAUCACUUCCUGUGCACCGAGGUGGCCCCCGUCUCCGUAGAAACCAACCUACGUGAGGGAUGUCACGGCCCAAUCAGCACCGACUACGCCGUUCAUAAACUCAAACAGGAAGGCUACGAGGAGGGGAUGUACAUCCUGCGCUGGAGCUGCGCGAAUUACGACCACGUCCUGCUCACCGUCAUCUGCAACGAGAGGGACGCCUCAGGUGAGAUCAUGAAGACCUUCAAGAACUUCCAGAUCGAGAGGACGGAGGGCGGUUUCCGUCUCUGUGGGACGGAGCUGGAGAAGCCGACCCUGAGGGAGCUGACUGACCGGCUGUGUGGUCACUGUCUGAGCACGGACAACACCACGCUCAAGCUGGCACGAGGUUGUCCUCCUCAGCCCCGAGAGCUGUCUAAUCUCCUGAUGAUGACGCGGCCGGACUCCGUCACCCUGCCGACCCCGAGCACCGUCUUCAACCGCAUCAACAAAGAGGACAUCGUACAGGAUGUACACUUGGGUAAAGGAACUCGUACAAACAUUUUCUCCGGCACGCUGCGACUGAAGAGCGACAAGGACAGUCUGAUCAGCUUCAACAGUGAGGACGUCCCUGUGGUGCUGAAGGUUAUCGGAGCAGGACUUAAGGACGUUUCAGGCUUCUUUGAAACCGUGAGUCAGAUGCAUCAGGUCUCGCACAAACACAUGACGCAUCUGUACGGCAUCUGCCUGCACAGCAUGGACAUCAUCAUGGUGGAGGAGUUUGUGCAGCACGGACCUCUGGACCUGUUCAUGCGCGCUCAUCACGCCGACCUCACGCCCUCCUGGAAGUUUCAGGUCGCCGAGCAGCUCGCUAGCGCCCUCAGCUACCUGGAGGAUAAGAAGCUCGUCCAUGGCUUCGUGUGCACUAAGAACAUACUGUUAGCGAAAGACGGUCUGGAAGGACAUCAGGCUCCGUUUAUAAAGCUCAGCCAGCCGGGAGCCUCCAUCAGUGCUCUUAACCGAGAAGAGUGUAUUGACAGGAUCCCGUGGAUCGCCCCGGAGUGUGUGAAGAACCCUAAAGCACAGAACGUGGCUGCGGAUAAGUGGGGCUUCGGGACGACGCUGUGGGAGAUCUGCUACAACGGAGACGCGCCGCUCAGGGACAAGAAGCGCGCGGAGAAGGAGUGGUUCUAUGAAGCCGAGGGCGCUCUGGUGAUUACCAACUGCAGCGAGCUGGCCGAGCUCAUCACCCAGUGCAUGAACUACGACCCCAGGAAGAGACCGUUCUUCAGAGCCAUAGUGCGAGAGCUGGACCGCAUUAAGGAGCAGAACCCGGCGAUGGUGUCGGGUGACGUUCCCGUGCAGGAGAUCGACCCCACGAUGUUCGAGAGCAGAUUCCUCAAGAGUGUCCGCGACCUGGGAGAGGGUCACUUUGGGAAGGUGGAGCUGUGUCUGUACGACCCACACGGGGAUCACAACGGGCAGCUGGUGGCCGUCAAGUCGCUCAAGUCUGAGACUGAAGGAGCCGAGUGCAGCAACCUGAGGAGGGAGAUCAACACCAUGAGGGAGCUUUACCACAACAACAUCGUCAAGUACAAGGGGAUCUGUACCGAGGAGGGUGGGAGAACGAUUAAGCUGAUCAUGGAGUAUCUGCCUGCGGGGAGCCUGAAGGACUAUCUGCCUCGUCACAAAGCCCAGACGAACCAAAAGCGCCUGAUGCUCUACGCCAUGCAGAUCUGUCAGGGAAUGGACUACCUGGGCUCUCAGAACUACAUCCACAGAGACCUGGCAGCGCGUAACGUGCUGGUGGAGAACGAGACGCUGGUGAAGAUCGGAGACUUCGGCCUGACCAAGAGUAUCAAAGACAACGAGGAGUACUACACGGUCCGGGAGGAGCAGGACAGCCCGGUGUACUGGUACGCGCCCGAGUGUCUGAUCCACAGAAAGUUCUACAAAGCAUCAGACGUCUGGUCUUUCGGGGUCACGCUGUACGAGCUCAUGACCUACUGCGACCGCAAGAUGAGUCCUCCUGAGAUGUUCCUGAACACGAUUGGACGAUCACACGGCCAGAUGACGAUGGCACGACUGGUGAAGGCUCUGGAAGGUGGCUGGAGACUGUCCAUUCCUCCGUCCUGCCCAGAUAUAGUGUACACACAGAUGCGGAGGUGCUGGGCUCCCGCUCCAGAGGACCGAGUGGACUUCAAAGCUUUGAUCGAGGUGUUUGAGCGCCUCUUGUCGAGUGAAGAGCUCAGUUUGGUGCGCAGCUGUUAGAGCGCUCACUUUCUCACACUUUUAUCUCCUUCUGUUUCCCGUCUCCUCCUCUUUAAAACGCCUGACCUCUGAGAUUCUGCAGUGGUAACCAAGCGAGAGGGACGGGUUUUUUAGGUCAGGAGACCCCUGAGCACUUAGACAAUGAAGAUUUAGAAAAUUAGAAAUAAUUAAACGGAAUUAUUCUCCAUGUGGUAAUGUAUGUUUACAAUAAUAGAUGUUAUUGGUUCAGAUAUAUUAAAUCGAAAUAUAAAAAACGCCUCGAUAACUGCAUAACAGUUUUUAUUUUGCACGACUUUAGGGAGCGAACCCACAUUAAGGACGUGAGUUCAGAUAAUAAAGUUCUAAAAAGUGGCGUGAUAUAUUUGAUUCAGUAUUUAAAGCAAUGGCAUUUUAACCAAUCGGGAAAAAGAAAGCCCCGUCUCUCGCACUAGUAAUUGCACAGGCUAAGGGGCGUGGCAAAUGAUUUUAAUUGAUGUAACAGCUUUGGCUAAAAUCAUUGACUGGUAUGUUUAAGGCCGAUUGUCUGCGUUACAGAGUGACGGAAUCAGACUCCUGCGUCACAAAGAUUUCUUAUACGUGUUUGAUUUAUUCAGUAAAUGAUUAAAUCUGUUCUGUGUAUGAAGUACUGAACAUUUACAUCAUUUGGAAAUUAGUUUUUACGUCAUUUUAGCUUUGUUGUUAUGUGUAAACAAAAAAACAAACAAGAAUUUUUCUAAAUACAGUAAGGUCUGACAUUUGCCAGAUUAUUGGUAAAAAAUACAUACAUGAUUUAUAUUUAAAAAAAAACAAAAAAAGAUUUAUAAAAUAUUAUUUGCAUUAAUGAUGUGGUGUGCUAAGUCAGGGAGGAAAACGAUAUUCGCGUGUGCUAACCGUCCCAAUCUCUCAUGGAAGAGCGAAACCGCUCUAAACCUACACUGAAAUCCCUCGUCACGUAACGCGGGUUAGAGGCUGCAAGUCGGAAUCCUGAUCAAAAUCUAAUUAGAAUGUUAUUUAAAAAAUAGCGCCGAUGUUAGCAUGUGUUUAUGAGGUACGUGUAAUAAUUAUGUAAUAAAUAAUUAUUAUAAAUUAUAAUACUAAUAAUAAUUAUAAAAUAAUAAAAAGAGCUAUCUGUGAAAAAGAAAAUUUAAAAACACAAUCUCUGUUCCUGAAAUGUGUUGAUGUGUCACAGUAAUAUAGGUUAUGUCCAGGUUUUUAACUGUACAAGUUAAAAAAAAAAAAAAAAGAUGUAUUCGUCCAUAGACAUUUAUUAUUUUUUUUUUUUACUCAAUGUUAAUGUUUAAUAAGUCAGGUGAAAAAUAAUUAUCUGAUUCUCUCUCUUACAAAAAAAAAAACAGAAACCCAAAAACCCCACAAUGUUGCGGCUUGCCAUUAUGAGACUCUUUAACCUUGAGCUGCUCCAUCCCUGUUCACAAUAAAACACUUAACAGUUACACAGUUGUGGAGGAAUCUCAUGGCCUUGUGACUCUUCAAUUCUGUACUUGUGUUUUUUUUUUUUUUUUUCUAAUAUCACACACUUGUGAUUUCUAUUUCCAUCAGUACACGUUCACGCAGCAUUGUCUAAACCAGAUAUAUACGGUGUUUGUUUAUGGGUUAAAGUUAAAUACACAAGCUAAUACACGAGAGCAUGAAGUCAGACUCGAAAUCAUGAGAUAGAAGGAAAAAAAUCUCAUUAAGAAAAGAAAGUCACGAUUGUGAAAGAGACCUGUUUAAUGUUUCCUCCUGUGUGUCAGAAUUAAUCACACUAUUCUCAUGUCGUCUUUAAAUAUACAGGAUAUAUUUUUAUGUUUUAAAUAGUUCUAUUACAAAUAUAUAUAUCAUGCUAUCCUCUGCAGUUUGCACAGAAUCCUCACAUAGCAGGUAAAUUACGAGGGAUCUGAAUGUUAGUGAUAAUCAAAUGUGGCGUUUCACUUUGCUGCUUUGUUAUUCAUGUCCUAGUCAAAAUCAUUAAAACCUUCUCUUUAUCAAUAAAAUUCACUUUAUUUUA